AUGUCUUAUAGAAACCCCAAUGUGGAGAAUCCUCAAGACCAAGUGUAUCCUCCAAGGUAUCCACAACAACAAAGACCUCCUUACCAAUCUCAAGGAAGUCAAUUUCAGCCAAGGCAAGGAUAUGAGCAGAGAUCAUCAUAUCCACCCAAGGAGCCAUAUGCUUCUUCACCAAAUCAAGCUCCUCCAAACCAACAAGGUGGGAGAUUUGAAGGAAUCCUCCAACAGAUCAUGGAUGGCCAGAAGAGAAACACUAAAGAGAUGUAUGAGAAGAUGGACACUUUGUUCAGCAAUCUCAACACCAAGUAUGAUGCUGUUGCCACUCAUGUGAAGAAACUAGAGACUCAAGUCACUCAAACUAUGGAAGCUGUUAAGAGACAGGAAGCUGAAUCCAAGAAGUCCUUUUGCAACUCAGCCGCCAUAGAAGAAAGAUUUGAAGACCAAGUUCCAGAAUGGAUGCUUUCAAAACCUACUGUUGAUUGCAUGAUUUGGCCUGAAGAGAAUUACCCAGAGAGAGAGUCCAAUCGAGCUAGAAAGAGAAGACUCUUCCCAAAGAUUAUCCCCAAGACUGAUAACUCAGGAAAGUUUGUGUGCCUUGUAUCAUCAAAGAUUGGAAAUUGCUCUAUCCCUACUGAUUUCCAGAUUGUGGAAAUGAGAGAGAGUAGCCAUAGACCUCUCAUAUUUGGAACCCCUUUCCUGUCUACUGUGGGUGCCAUAUUUGAUUUCCCCAAUCAAAGAAUCUCUUUCAACAAGGUGAACAAGGGUAUGUUCUUCCCUAUGUGUUCAACAAAGAACUCUUUUGUUGACAUGGUCCAAGAGGAGAAAGCUACUUUGAAGCCACCCCAAGAAGGAGAAACUGAAGAAACAAUCAAGGAAGAUCCCAUUCCUAAGCCCAAGCAGCUUGCCAAACAAGCAAGGAGUAAGACUAAGGCCCCUACACCAAAACCGCCCAAGGGAUCAACCAAGAUUGAAGAUGAGGCCAAGCCAAGAAGGAAGGUUAGAAAACCUAGGUCUGGCCGCAACAUGAAGCUUCUAUUCCCAAAGGAGCUUAUUGAUGAGAAUCUAGAAGGAUUCAAGGAGAGAGUGACAAGAACUCUAAAGCUUUUUCCUAAGGCAGUAGUGCCAAGGGACAUUCAUGGAGAGAUUGUCUAUCCAGCUGUGAAUCACCCACCAGAUACUCAUUGCAAGGAGAAAAGACUUGGAGGAUCAAAGAUGCCUCUUGUCUCCAUCUUCUCCUGA